UGUGUAUCCUUCACAGACAGUUGUCAGUUCUUCCUUUCCCUAGAAAACAAUUCUAACCUGCUGUCUCGUAUUUCGAUAAACUAUUGCUUGCUUUUUGAACCUUCGUCCUUUCAGAUCCGGACAGCAGCAUGCUCUCCGUACUCCGUUCUAGUGCUUGAGCAAGUGAAGCAAGUGAAGUUCGCGACCGGAAACACAACAAAAAGCACCCAAAAAAUGGCCGCACACAAGCUGAGCAGCAUCAAAUCGAUGAAGCUGUUCGUCUGCCUGAUUGGCGUCACGUCCUUCCUGCUGCUCAUCUUCUGCCUCUACACCACGAUCAGCACGCCGGAAAAGGAGGUAGCGCCACUGUCCCUGCCGAACGAUGGCUACCAGAACGUGGUCUCGUACGAGCUACGGCGCAGCCAAACGAUCGUGCCGGAGAAGUACAACGAGCACCAGGUGAAGGCGCGCAUCAUUCGCGACAAAAUCAAGCGCCUGGUCGGUAGCGGAAAUCCCAACACCGCAACCGUACCACCGUCGGAGCACCGCAAUCGAACGUUCCCGCUGAAUCGGAACGUGCAGAUCCACUACCACGGUACGGUGGCGUGGUACAAACCGCGCCCCACACAUCCGUCCAGCGAUCGGUUGAUAGCGCGCAUCUACGAGAACAACUCCGUGUCGUUCAAGCCGAACGACGAGCCGGUCAUCAACACGGCGUUCUACCCGAAGCGCCGGCUGUACAACACGAGCGAAUCGAUCGUGCGGGAACACUUUAACGAGAUACAGAACUGCGGCAUCGGUACGGUGGUGCUCGGCUGGCAGCCCAACUUUUCCGAGUACCUGCUGCGCACCAUCUUCAGGGUGGCGGAGCAGUACGAUCUGAAGGUGGCGAUUGAAAUCCUCGACUACGCGGACCGCACGAUCGAGAGCAUCCGCAGCAACAUCAAGUACUUUGUGGAUGGGUUCGGGAAGGGGCCGGCCGGGACGACCAGCACGCUCAGCUACUACACGGUGCUGUCGAAAAGGCGUGACCUGCCACUGUUUUACAUACGCAAGGCGUACCGUAUAACGGACCCGGAAUGGAAGCGGUUGUUGAGCCGCAACGGCAUACUGACUAUCCGGGGUGCUGCGAGCUAUGAUGCCGUACUGUUGGCGCACAUCAGCUCCAAGGACCACAAAUCCAUGGUACGGCGGGCAGGGUUCGACGGGUUCUACACGUACCUGCCGAGCAAUGGAGCGAACUAUGCGUCAACGUGGAAGAACUGGAACCAGCUGAAGAAGUUUGCGGACAGCUAUCGGCUACUGUUCGUACCGACGAUUGGGCCCGGGUACUACGAUCGCCGGAAGUAUCACCGGAACGUGAACCAGAACCACGGCAUUACGAACAUCAAGCGGUACCGGUCGAACGGUCAGUACUUUGACGUUGGUUGGCGUACCUCGCUCAAGAACAAUUUGCAGAUCAUCACGAUCAACAGCUACAACAACUGGGUGGAUGGGACGCAGAUCGAGGCGGCCAUACCGGUGUUUGGAUUUCGGGACUAUCUGCCCGGACCGCCGGAGAAGUAUCUCGAUCUGACGCAGGCCUGGGUGGAGGAGUACAUCAAGUACAAGCUGAACAACAUUAAGCUGAACAAGAAAACGGAACUUACGCUGAGCUGUUACGAUUUUAUUAACAGCACUAUAUGUUAGGCAGUUAGGCGCUAUGCUAACUAGUGGUGGGUAAAAAGUUGCCAGAAAGCCGGAGUCGGCUCCGAUAAAUUUGGAAUCGCCCGGAGUCGGAGUCGUCCGGAGACGUUCGGAGUCGUUCAGCUCGUCCAGCCGGAAUCUAGACGACUACGACAACUCUGGACGACUUUGGACGACUCCGAACUACUCCGGAAGACUCUGAACUACUCCGCAAGACUCCGGAUGACUCCGACUUCGGGCGGAUCUAAUGGUUCCUGUCAUAACCAUCGAAAUGUCAACAUCACCAAAUGGACCAACCUGGUAGCGGUUGGCUGACAGCGGCUGUCAACAGGGGGAACGGGAAAAAAGUGCGCCACUGGAGCAGCGUCGGGAGAAGCGUACAAACGGAAAAGAUACAGAAGUACAAAUAUACGAGUGAAAUACAACAAAUUGGCGACGAGGAAGUACGAAAACCACGUUAUUAUACCUAAGCAAACUAAGCUUGUGUUGUUUUCAUGGAUCCGGCGUCAAAGAAGACCGAAAUUCCUGCUGCUUCUGUCACCACACGGGCUGCUGCUAAAUCUGCCAGUACCGGAACACCUACGGCCGAUUCUUCUUCAAACCUUCCUACUGGCGUCCUUGCUACGGACAAUUCUGCUACUGCUAAGCCUAUUUCUUCGAAAACUUCUACUAGAGACCCUGUUACGGCCCAUUCUGCUGCGGUAAAACCAAAGGCAUCCAGUUCUACUACAUCCAGCACAUCGGUGCCCGGCUCAAGUGUGGGUGAAGGUACCGCUCUGUCUGUUUCGGUCCGGGGGAUAACUACUGCUGUUACGAAUAUGUCUACAAUGUUCUCAUUUGAGCCGUUUGAUCCAACAAACUGCAAAAUCCAGAGAUGGUUGGAAAGGUUGCAAAUUGCCUUCAAAAUCCAUCGAGUUUCCGAAGAAGACAAACGUGAUUACCUUCUCCAUUAUAUGGGUGGUGCUACUUAUGACGUGUUGUGCAACAAGUUAAAGAAUGCAGAACCGCAAACUAAAACGUUCCAGGAAAUUGUUUCCAUUCUUCAAGAGCAUUUCAACCCAAAUCCUUUAGAAAUUUUGGAAAAUUUCAAGUUUGCAAAUCGGAAGCAAGCUGAAAACGAAACACUGUCUACGUAUCUAAUGGAAUUGGAGAAGCUAGCACAAACAUGCAAUUUUGGGGAUUACCUCGACAAAGCCUUGAGAAACCAAUUUGUAUUCGGACUCCAAAACCGUGCGAUCCAAUCGCGGUUGCUCGAGGUGCGCGACUUAACAUUGGCUAAAGCGAAGGACAUAGCUUUUAGUAUGGAAAUGUCAAAUCGAGGCGCAGACGAAAUACACGGCGCCGGUGCAGCGUAUCCAGUUCAGCACAUCAGCACCACGAGCAAGAAGAAGAGCAAGCCAACAACGGUUCAAAGGAAAACAGCUUGCUAUCGGUGUGGAAACGAAGAGCAUUUUGCGGAUAAGUGUCGACACCGGAAUGCAAUUUGCAACUACUGCAAGAAAAUGGGACACUUGGAUAAAGUGUGUCGUACAAAACUACAACGAGCAGGAGUACACACACUGGAGUACGAGCCUGAUCUUCCUGCCUGUGACGAUGACGUUGUGGAUGUGCUCAACCUGAGAGCAGUGCAAAAUCUGGCGGGUCAAUAGUACAAGCGCAACCAUCCAACCCUCCACCAAUGAGUUUUCCAUCAGAGGCUCCAUGUUCAGCGGAAAUACCACCGGAAGCAAAACUGCGGCGAUCAGCAAGGAGUAUCAAAACACCACAAAGGCUACUACUGUAAAUAACUAUUUCGGAGGGAAGAGCUGUCAUAACCAUCGAAAUGUCAACAUCACCAAAUGGACCAACCUGGUAGCGGUUGGCUGACAGCGGCUGUCAACAGGGGGAACGGGAAAAAAGUGCGCCACUGGAGCAGCGUCGGGAGAAGCGUACAAACGGAAAAGAUACAGAAGUACAAAUAUACGAGUGAAAUACAACAGUUCCAUUUUGCCGGAGUCGGAAUCGGACUAACAAGAGUCAAAGUCGUGGGUACGCUCCAGAGAGAACAUCACUGAUGCUAACUAUGUUGUGGUACGCCACGUGUCCAUUAGAUGAAAGCGCGCCACCCGUUGUACCACGAUAGUUGAAAAAAUGUUUAACCGCUCAAAUGCUGAUACCAAAAUUCAAUGCCAAAGUUAGGAUGCUGUCCGCACGCGUAGUGUAUAGCACGUGUAGUGUUUGUUACAUAAAAGAGUUGAGACGAUAUAUUUUACCGUAUGAGUGGAUUUUCGGAAAGGUGUAGAAAAAGGCGCUUCGUAGAAGAGGAACUUUGAUGGAAUAGAGUGUACAGAUGUGUUUGUUUUUGUUUUCGCCUUGAAAUUCGCAAUAAAUUAUUAUUGGUUAAGGUUUUCAACGAUAAA